CUAAAACGGCGAGAACCCCCCGAUUCACAUGCUCUAGUGAAUCUAGUGUGUGUGAGCUUUUGCCACUUCUCUUUGCUUAUUCACGCCAUCAAUUGAGGAAGGGGAAAAGACCCCUCGUCCUGUCCAAAACCAAGUUUCGUCGUGUCGAUCGAGGCGUUGGUUGUUUGAAGCGGGCUGUCUUCGCCUUGGGACUUCAGCCCCGCACUCGAAAAGAGGGACUUCUGGCGUUCGAGCCGACAGCCAACUGGCCACGAAUUUGCCAACAAAAGACCAAGACUCUUUGCCGUCCACUCGCAUUCCCCUUCUGAGAUCGAACGGAAUGGCAACAGCCACUACGGGGAUACAUGAUCAUGAACGGACGCAUGGCGGUGGGUCAUCUGAGACGGGGCUAAAGCUGGUCAACCGGCUCCAGCAGAGCAAGUCGCCCUACGUCAGAGCUCAUGGGGACAAUCCGGUGGCCUGGCAGCCGUGGGAUGCAGAGGCCAUCGAGCUGGCGAAGCGGCAUAACAGGUUGAUUUUUCUGAGUAUCGGCUAUUCGGCCUGUCAUUGGUGCCAUGUGAUGGAAAAGGAGUCGUUCGUGUCGUCUGAGGUGGCGGGGAUUCUCAACGAGUUCUUCAUCCCUAUCAAGGUGGACCGGGAGGAACGGCCGGAUAUCGACGACAUUUACAUGAACUAUGUACAGGCAACCACCGGGUCUGGCGGCUGGCCGCUGAACGUUUUCCUGACCCCAGACCUCGAACCAAUCUUUGGCGGCACCUACUGGCCGGGCCCGAACACCUCGUCGAUCGGACCGGGCACGACCAGUUUUAUGGAGAUCCUGGAGAAGCUGCGGGACGUAUGGAAGACGCAGGAGCAGCAGUGUCGCGACAGCGGCAAGACGAUCACAAAGCAGCUGCAGGAUUUCGCCGAGGAAGGGACACAUUCGCAGCACGGCGAGCGUGAGGCGGAUGAAGACUUGGAGCUGGAGCUGGUCGAAGAGGCGUACCAGCAUUUUGUCUCGCGGUAUGACUCCAUCAACGGCGGGUUCUCGACCGCGCCCAAGUUUCCGGCCCCUGCGAAUCUGGCCUUCUUGCUGCGUCUGGGGUGCUAUCCCACUGCCGUUCUAGACAUUGUCGGCCAGGACGAGUGCGAGAAGGCGACCGUCAUGGCCGUGCAGACCCUCAUCAACAUGGCCCGAGGCGGGAUCCGCGACCACAUCGGCCAUGGAUUCGCCCGGUACAGCGUGACGGCCGACUGGAGCCUGCCACAUUUUGAGAAGAUGCUGUAUGACCAGGCGCAGCUUCUAUCCGUCUACAUCGAUGCCUUCCGGCUGACCCAUCACCCGGAGCUGCUCGGGGCGGUCUACGAUUUGAUCACAUAUCUGACCAGCGCGCCGAUCCAGUCGUCGACAGGAGGGUUCUACUCGUCCGAGGAUGCCGACAGUCUACCGAACCCUACGGACACGGAAAAGCGCGAGGGGGCAUUCUACGUCUGGACGAUGAAAGAGUUCACCCAGGUUCUCGGCCAACGAGACGCCGGCGUGUGCGCCCGCCACUGGGGGGUGCUCCCCGACGGAAACGUCUCGCCGGAGCACGACCCGCACGACGAGUUCAUGAACCAGAACGUGCUGGCCAUCCGGGCCACGCCCAGCAAGCUCGCCAAGGAGUUUGGUUUGAGCGAAGAAGAAGUGGUCAAGAUCAUCAAGUCGGCGCGGCAACGGCUCCGCGACCACCGCAACAAAGUGCGCGUGCGGCCGAACCUCGACGACAAGAUCAUCGUCGCGUGGAACGGGCUUGCCAUCGGCGCCCUGGCCAAGGCGAGUAUCCUGUUCGAAAGCAUCGAUGGCGGCAAAGCCCUGCAAUGCCGAGAGGCAGCCACCAAGGCCGCCACCUUCAUAAAGAAUCACAUGUUCGACAAGCCGACCGGAAGGCUCUGGCGCAUCUACCGUGACGGUAGCCGAGGCGAAACACCUGGCUUCGCGGAUGAUUAUGCCUACCUGAUCGCCGGCUUGCUCGAUCUGUACGAGGCGACUUUUGACGAUAGCUAUCUUCAAUUUGCCGACCAACUACAGAGUUAUCUGGAUGCCAAUUUCCAGGCCAUCUCCGGCUCCACGCCAGCAGGGUACUACAACACACCAUCGGUGACUACUCCGGGAGCGCCCGGGCCGUUGAUCCGGUUGAAGACGGGGACCGACUCGGCGACCCCGUCCAUCAACGGAGUGGUAGCGAGCAACCUGAUGCGUCUGUCAGCCCUACUAGCGGACGAGAAGUACCGCGACCAGGCACGGCAGACGUGCAACUCGUUCGCGGUGGAGAUCCUGCAACACCCAUUCCUCUUCGUCGGCUUGCUGGACGCAGUCGUCGCGCUGGAGACGGGCGCUCGCAGCGUGACGGGGGUCUUCUGCAGCGCAGACGUGACGGAGACGAGCGUGCCGCGGGCGGACAGCCUGCUCGACAAGACCGAGCAGCCCGUUUCGGCGUGGGAGCUGAUUGUCCAGAAAAUCCGCGCCGAGUGCCGGCUCGCAGUCUCGUCCACGUGCACCACCAACGCAGCCUUGGUCGACGUGCGGCCGUCACACGCGGGCGACUUUGUCGGCAACCCUUCCUUCUGGUUGCUCGGGCGAAAUCCCUUGCUCAAGUCGCUGCGCGGGUCUACCGGUCAAAAGAAGAAUCACCUGAUGCUCUGCGAGUCGGGCAGUUGUCGGAUAGUGGAUGUCUAAUGGGUUCCUUCUUUUUUUUUCCCCUUCCUUGGAUACUAUUGCAAUGGUUUGCAUACGCGGUGCAGGGCGGAGUAUGGUUUGCAUAGAAUAUGAUCUGAUCUUCUCGUUCCAUGGACAACUAGUUAGUACAAUAGUAGAGACAGUACCUAGGUAGAUAAGAAACUCGCCACGAAUCAUCCUUU